AUGCACCCUUCCUUCGCGUACCCAGAGAACGACGAUCUCCGGGACGUGGAGGUGCGGGGUAGCUACAUGGAGCUGUUUAGUAGGGAUGUUACUCAGAUCCCUGGGUACAACUUCAUCUUUGGACAGAGCGACGAGCUCGGUGUGUCGCAGCUACCUGGCAAUGGCAAAUCUGAAAAGGGUUCAAGCAAUCAAUCUGAAGAAUUACAUGCAACAAAUGGUGUUGGUGCCUUGAGAACCAAUGAGGUUGACUCGAGAAUUUCAAUCAACAACAAGAAUAGUCGUCGAGAGAUCCCCAGUGAUGGCCAAGACGGUCCGCAGGCAAAGAAAAAGUGUAUACAUAGGCUCACCAGCCAGCAGUCACAAAUACUUGAUGGCUUCUUCAGCAUCUGUGCACACCCUGAUGAAAAUCAAAGGAAGCAGCUGAGUGAGACGACAGGACUUACGGAGCCUCAAGUGAAGUUUUGGUUCCAGAACAAGAGAACAUAUGUAAAGCAUCUAAGUGGAAAAGAAGAGAACUACAGGUUGAAAAUGGAGAAUGAAAUGCUGAGGGAUGAAAACAGUAGGCUUAAAAUGGCACGGAGGACCAUUUUCUGUCCCACUUGCACUAAUGAACCAGGACAGGCCCAGAUCUUCACAGAGUUGGAAAGGCUGAAAGUGCAAAAUCAGUGGCUGCAGCGAGAGGAACAGGUUGCACGUAUGAAUGCUGAAAUACCUAUGAGUUCGCCUUCACUGAGCCGCGUUUUCCAACUUGAGUCCUCAUCGGAAAAUGUCUUUGUGCUGCAAGAUGACGUUCGAGUGCUGUCCGAAAUAGCCAGGAACGCAGUGCAUGAGUUUGGUAUUUUGGCCAACUCCAGUGGCCAUCUCUGGCUGCCUGUCCCCGGUGGUUCGUUCGAAACACUGAACAAGAUGGCCUAUGACCAAACAUUUCCUGGGCAAAGCAGCGCCACAGGACUCAAGACGGAGGCGACUCGUGCCAACGCUGUGGUCAUGCUGGACCCCGAGCACAUUGUGGAGUUUUUCAUUGAUGCUGAGAGCUAUGGAACCUUCUUCCCUGGACUCAUGUCCGGUGCAGCAACCACCAAGGUUUACAACUUGCCUGCUGAUCGCGGCACGUGUUAUGAUGGGGCUAUGCAGUUGCUGACUAUUGAGGUGGUGUUCCCAUCGCCCCUGGUACCUGUUAGGAAAUGCACAUUCUUGCGCUAUUGCAAGAAGCUGGAACAGGGAGCCAUGGCCAUCGUCGACGUGUCUUUGGACGACGGUGAAGGCGCCUUCUUAAAGUGCCGCAAGAUGCCAUCAGGAUUACUGAUUCAGCCCAUAAGGCACAACAGCUGCAAGGUCACCGCCAUCGAGCACGUUCGAGUAGAUGACACUGGUAUUCAUGAGCUCUUCCAGCCAUGCGUGAACGGUCUCCUCUUCGGUGCUAGGCGCUGGGUGAUGAGCAUGGCGCGGCAGUGCGCGCGAAUCAGAGACGUAGAAACAAACUUCCCUCGCCCUGUGGUUUCAGUCAAUUCAAGGGAGAGGAAGAUCAUCAUGAAGCUGGCAGACAACCUGCUCGCCAACUACACCGGUAGCAUCGCCGCCAUCCCUGCUGACGCCUGGACCGUCCAGUGCGGCGACGGCGCGGAGGAAGACAUCAAGAUCGCGUACAGGAAGAACGACCACGGCACCAACACCGCGGUCGUGUGCGCGAGCGCGUCGUUCCUGCUGCCGCUGCCCAUGAGGAGAGCGUUCGACCUGCUCAAGAACAACUUGCUGCGUGUCAAGUGGGAUGUCCUGGUGAACGGAGGCAGCGUGAAGGAGGAAGUUCGUGUCGCCAAUGGCAUCGGGAGUGAAGAUGCUGUCUCCAUUCUGCAUGUCAAGCACGGCAGCGGGGCAAACAAGGAGACCACGAUGAUCCUCCAGAACAGCUGCUACGACGUGUCGGGAUCGUUCAUGGUCUACUCCUCUCUCGACAAACAGCUGAUGGACAUGAUCAUGAGCCCGGACGGCGACCAGGCGAUGAGCAACAUCACCCUCUUCCCCACCGGCUUCUCCCUUGUUCCCCUCGCCGAACCAGCGCAGGCUGGCUCCGCCAUUGGAGAAGCUGGGGAAACUCUGAUGACUGCAGGGUUCCAGAUUCUGAUGAAGCUGGCCCGUGGGACUGGCCUGUGCCCUCGGUCAGUGUCAUCGGCAAUCAAGAUCAUGUCGGACCAGAUUGAGACUAUGAAAGAUACGCUGAUGAACAGCCACCCCGUCUUCUAUAGGAGGAUCCCGUCUACCAUCUAGAAAGUAGAAAGGAAGAAAACGGAGGUUCAAUGCUUGUGGAGGCUGCUACAUAAAUCAAGAAUUUUGAAGGGAAUCCAUCUGCUUAGAUCGCCUGCGUUUCUCCCGGCAUUACCAUAUAUAAUAAACUUAGUUAUCGUUCCUGCCUACUAUUUGGAACUUUAACCUAUC